AGCACGCCCGCGGGCUCGGGGAGGCCGCUCGGGGCCGCCCCCCCGCCGGUGUUGCCGCCCACUCAGUGGGCGUCCUCCGCCCCGCGGCUCCCCUCCCCUCCGGGGGCGCCUGGCGGGCGCGCCGCGGCCGCAUGGCGAAGCCCGGGGGCGCGAUGGGCGGCGGCAUGCCGGGGGAGCUGUGCUCGCCCAAGCUGGCGCUCGGCGCAGCGCUGUGCGCCAGCGGCCUGCUGGGGCUGCUGGGGCUGGUGAUGCGGUCGCUGCCCCUGGAGGCCUGGGGCUACCUGACGCUGGUCUGCGCUGGCGCAGGACUGCUCCUGAUGGACUUCAUACCUGUUGUUCAGGAGAAAGCUCCCCCCUGGAGUUCUUCACCUGGUGGAUUCAGCAGAACACUGACUUUAUGAUGCGCAUCUGCAUCCUCGCUCAGUGGAAGGCGCCCAGCGCCCAGAUGUUCCGGAAGGUGCUGGUGGACGCUUACCCGACCACGCUGGGCGCACUCUGCGACGCGAUCGGUUUCGGCGCGGACCCGAAGCUGGGCGUGACGGCCCUCGCGUUGCGGACCUCGGCCGAGCGCGAGGC